CGGUGAAGCGCGUGUACUCUUCAGAGCCGCUGCGCCCGGACAACGUGAAGACUGUGAAGCUUUUUGUCAUCAACCAUGACCUAAACCCGUCCGAGGGGAGCAGGAGACGUCGACACGAGCUUUAGAGCAGUCUGCACGUGACAGUAAUGCUACUUCCUGGUCAGGGAGUGUGGAGUCAGGUGACCCUCAGGUGAACCUUCAGUGGACCAGCACCGGAUGCCCUGAGUUCACUUGCAAGAUGACACAUACUGAGAUCUUUAAAAUGAUCUUCAAAGCUUUGAAAGACUUGGUUCCUGUCCUCACGAGCGGGGUUCUAACCGUGGUGCUUCUCUCGUGCGCUCUGUUCGGCCUCCAAACAUACUUUGACUUCACUGAGGGGGUGCUCAGUGUUGGGGCGACUGUGUUUCAGAAUGGACACCUCCACAGACUCCUGAUGUUCCCUUUGUACCACAGAACCUCCGCUCAGCUCCUCGUCAACAUCUCAACCUUGGUGUUUCUCAGCGGCAGUCUGGAGAAAGGUGUUGGCACUGUGCGCUUCCUGUUCUUGUUCUUCCUGCUGUCGACCACCACAGGCUUGUUUUACAGCUUCGUGGAUCUUAUGCAAAGUGAGGACAGCCAGAGUCACGCCGAGGGGUUGGUCCCUGUGUCCCUGGCAUGCGUGGCUCUAACUACCAUGCACACAAAAAUGACCAAAGGAUACCUGUGCGGGGUCAGUUUCCCCACCGUGGCCCUCCCGUGGGUGCUCCUCCUAGUCACCACCGCCCUCGUUCCUCACAGCGUGCUCCCCUGUAACGUCAUAGGCGUCCUGGUCGGGUGGAUGUAUGGGAAAGGGUGGCUCUCUAUCCUGAACGUGUCCGAGGCCAGGGCUGGCUCUCUGGAGAAGAGGAUGCCUUUUAGGUUGUUGAGGAGCAUCACAGGAGUGACGUUUGUCCCUGCUUCCACAGAGGAGAGGAGGAAGACCCUCCUUCCACAAAUCAACCCAACCCCUGGGUCCUACCCGGUCCAGGCCUACGCCCCGUUGGCCAGCGUUCGCACUGCCAAUACCUCGGGUGAUCAUUACGAAGGUUGGCUGAAUUCCACCAGUGCUCCGUCCGCUACAGCGCCACCUCCCAAUCCUCAUGGACAUGGCUCUGCACAUAGCUUUGGACUAAGUCAAGGACUGUCUUCAGAGCAGAAUUUUGGCCAAGGCUGCAACCACGACCACGACCAUGGUCAUGGUCAUAGUCACGAUCAUGGUCAUGGUCAUAGUCAUGAUCAUAGUCAUGGUCAUGGUCAUAGUCACGAUCAUAGUCAUGGUCAUGAUCAUGGUCAUAGUCAUGGUUAAUUAUAGUCAUGGUUAUUAUCUGACUCCUCUGUCAAUACUAUAAUAUUUUUUCACAGUUAAACCCAGCUGGGCCCCUGCAGCAUCUCUUAUCAUUGACAAACGCUUGGACUCAUUGUAAAGCUGAUUUUUAAAGUAGUAUUUUACAGCAUUUGUGGACUGUCUGCCUGUCUGUAUAUUUAAAGGACAUUCCUCCGAAUGUGUUUAAAUGUUAUUGCCGACUUUUGUAUAUACAUUUUUAAAUUUACUUUUUUUUGUACAAAUUCCCCCUCAUUUCUACAAAUAAACUAUGG